UGUCACAGAAAACCCAGCUGAAGAGUCUUCCCUGUGCUGUUACUGUCUGUCUGUCAGGCUUCAAACAUCCACAAACCCCGUUAGCUGCUGUGUCUGCGCUGAUAAUCAGCCAUGGAGCUGUUGGGUCGAUACCUGGACCGGAGCAACUCAGUCAGCUCUGUCUCAACUCAAGACCUUAUCAAAGAGGAGAACCUGAGAGAUGACCUGAAGUACUACUUCAUGAGCCCGUGUGAGAAGUACCGGGCCCGAAGACAGAUACCCUGGAAAAUGGGGGUACAGAUUCUGAAAAUCAUCAUGAUCACCACACAACUCGUCCUGUUCGGCCUCAACAACCAGCUGGUGGUGUCCUAUAAGGAGGAGAACACGAUGGCCCUUAAGACCCUUUUCCUGAAGGACUACAGUGGGACGGAUGAGGACGACUACAGUGUCGCUGUCUACACUCAACAAAGUGUCUACGACAGUCUGUUUUAUGUCCUGGAUCAGUACAGCCAGUUGGGCCGGCUCUCUGUGGGUCCCAUCAGUUACGCUGAGGAGGAAGACGGCAAACCGCUGCCUCUCGUCAUCUGUAAAGAGUACUACAAGAGAGGCAGCGUGGAGCCCUCAGAUGAGGCCUAUGAUAUAGACGCUCAGCUGGAGACAGUUUGUAUGUCACAUGACCCAAAGACUGCAAACUUAUGGAAAACCCAGAAUUCAUCUUUUUUUGAUCUAGACUUUUACAGGCUUGUUGACAUCAAAAUAACGUUCCAGCUGAAAGGAAUCAACCUGCAGACGGUGCGUUCACGGGAGUUACCUGACUGCUACUCGUUCUACGUCACGAUAACAUUUGACAACCAGUGUCACAGCGGGAAGGUGAAAAUAUUCCUGGACAUAGACGCUCAGAGCUCUUCAUGUCGAGACUGGAAGAUAUCUGGGACGGUUCAGAAGAACACACACUAUCUGCUGGUGUUUGACGCCUUCGUCAUUCUGAUUUGCCUCACGUCAGCUGUGCUGUGCACCCGCUCCAUCGUACUGGCUGUCAGGUUACUGCAGAGAUUAUCCAGAUUCUUCCAUGAGCACUAUAAUCGUAAAGUGUGUGAGGACGACCAGGGAGAGUUUCUGAACGGCUGGUAUGUGCUGGUCAUCAUCAGCGACCUCUUGGCUAUAGUUGGAUCCAUACUGAAGAUGGAAAUACAAGCAAAGAGUCUAACCAGUUAUGAUGUGUGCAGUAUCUUCCUGGGAACGUCCACGUUACUGGUGUGGGUCAGUGUGAUCAGGUACCUGGGAUACUUCCAGAAAUACAAUGUGUUAAUUUUGACAAUGAAAGCAGCCUUCCCCAAAGUCCUGCGUUUCUGCUGCUGUGCCGGCAUGAUCUACCUCGGCUACACCUUCUGCGGGUGGAUCGUACUGGGGCCGUACCAUGAGAAGUUUGAGGGCCUGAGUCUGGUAGCAGAGUGCCUGUUCUCUCUGUUGAACGGAGACGACAUGUUCACCACCUUCGCCCAGCUGAAGGACAAGAACACUUUGGUGUGGCUCUUCAGCCGGGCCUACCUCUACUCCUUCAUCUCCCUCUUCAUUUACAUGGUGCUGUCUCUCUUCAUCGCCCUCAUCACCGACGCCUACGAGACCGUCAAGAGAUUUCAAAAGGACGAAUUCCCGCUGACGGACCUGCAGAAGUUCCUCAGAGAGCAGAAAGAUUUUCCUGUUGUAGAAGAAAGUAGUCAGACAGACAUUCACGUCACACACUCUGUGUUGUGCUGCUGUCAACGAGUUCCUGAAAGUGAUGAUGUCAUACUGAUCACCUGAAAGCCGUCCCACUUCUAGAGGACGCAGACGAGGGAGGAGGAGGAGGAUGCUGGGAACAGGAUUUCACACGUCUGACACAGACUUUGAAUUCAAGUGAUCCACUGUAAAAAUCCUGGACAGUGUAGAGUUGCCGAUUAUGUGAAAUGCAAUACGAAACUCUAAAUAAUUUCCCUGUCUUGAACUUGAAACUGGAAUUCAAGUUGAAGAGUGGAACCGGAAACAAAAAGCUUUCAUACCUGUAUCUGUAAGAGCUCCAGAUGCUGUUGAGAGGUUUACUGGGCCUUUUUAAGGUCUGUACAUGCAUUAAGUUGCCAGAAAACUGGAUUCAGUGUUUUCUACAGUUGCCUGUGGCUGGAAACACUGGUGCUAUGCAACAAUAUGCAGGGCUAGAUGUAAUUUAUUUGUUGUAGUAAAGAUCGCAGUAAAGCUAA